AAAACCCAAACCAAUCCCAAGAUGAUGAACUUCAGCAACGUCGAAGACACUGCCAGCUUGUACGCAUUCAACAACUUGGCCAAGGAAUGCAAUACUUCGCCUACUAGCAACGACGGCUACGAUUUUGACGACUGCUCCUGGUUCAAUUUCUACGGCGAUCCCAUCGAUAUGAGCGGCGACUCUGUGCCAAGGAACGGCCCUGGAAAUGGAUCCACCAGCAGAAUUCCACGAUGCGCCCAACGAUCACGAAUGUCUGCAUCCCCACGAUCCCAACAAAUGGCUGCCCAUCCACGGCCGCGUAUGCAGGCAUCCCCCCGGCCAAACUACGCCUUCCAGCCCCUAUUCCAUGAACGUACAACCCAUGAGGACGAUACAGUAUUAACCCAGGAGCUGUGGAAGCUGGCGCGCAAGUCGGGCACCCUGAAUCUGUCGAACAAGGGAUUGUCUAGUGUGCCCAACCGACUGUACGACAUCAACGAGGCUGACGCGGACAGCAAGGCGGCCACUCUGGAGCAGCUGUCGAUCAAGGAGGAGGAUGCCUGGUGGAACCAAGUGCCAUUGACCAAUUUGGAUCUGAGCUCCAAUGCUCUAACGCACAUAUCCCCCAAGAUUGAGAACCUGCAGUCGCUAACCGUGUUGAUUCUGCAUGACAACGCCCUGGUGGAGCUGCCGUCGGAGAUUGGCAAACUGGAGAAGCUUAUGCGCCUGAAUGUGAGUCGCAACAAGCUCAGCAGUUUGCCGCGUGAGCUGUACAGCCUGCCCGAGCUGCGGCAUCUGAAUAUUAGCUAUAAUGAGUUCACAGAACUCAAUCCGGACAUCAGUGAUCUCCACAUGCUGGAGUAUCUGGAUGCUGGGCAUAAUAACAUACAAUCCCUGCCCGGCGGUAUUGGUUUCCUGGUGCGCUUAACCGCCCUCUUGUUGCCCUAUAAUCACAUUAAGGAUCUGCCCCCCGAUCUGGUUAACAUGCGCUCGUUGCAAAGGGUGGACCUGAUGCAGAAUGACCUCACCUGCUUGCCAGAGGACAUGGGCCUGCUAAGGAAGCUGCAGUUCCUGUACAUCCAACACAACGACAUCCUGGAGCUGUCCGACUUUGAGGGAAACGAGGCCCUGAUCGAGCUGCAUGCCAGCAACAAUUACAUAGUGAACAUACCCAUAAGGAUGUGCGAGAACUUGCCGCACCUGAAGGUACUCGACCUACGGGAUAACAAGAUCACAGAGCUGCCCGAUGAGCUGUGCCUGCUGCGAAAUCUCAACCGCCUGGACGUAUCGAACAACACUAUCGACACGCUGCCCGUCAGCCUGUCGGCGCUGGCCCAUUUGAUUAGCCUGCAGGUGGAGGGCAAUCCCAUCAAGUCGAUUAGACGUGACAUUCUCCAAUGCGGCACUGCGCGCAUUCUGAAGACGCUGCAGGAGCGUUCCCUGGCCAAGACUAAGGAGGAGGGUGGCACGGAUAGUGCUGCCGGAACCCGCCUAUGUGGCGGACAAUCGGGCAACGCUGCAGGCGACCCAACCGGAAACUAUCCCGACAGAUACAAACUGCGGCAUACACGUACAUUGGCUGUCAAUUUGGAGGAAAUAACCGAUGUGCCCGAUAAGGUCUUUCAGUUGGCCCAGUCCGAAGGAGUGCAUGUCGUGGACUUUGCGCGGAAUCAGCUAAGAACCUUGCCCAAUGGCUUGCAGCACAUGCAGAAUCUGGUCACGGAACUGGUACUCGCCCACAAUCUCAUUGGCCAAGUGCCGCAGUUCAUCUCACAGUUUACGCGCAUUACGUUUCUGAAUUUAUCCAACAAUCUGUUGAACGAUCUGCCCAAGGAGUUUGGGGUGCUGAACACGCUGCGCGAGCUGAACAUAUCGAACAAUCGUUUUGAGUUUAUUCCCAGUGGUUUGUACGAUUUGCAGGGUCUGGAGAUUCUCAUUGCCAGCGAUAAUCACAUCAAGGAAUUAAAUGUCUCCGGACUACAGUGCAUGCCGCGCUUGUCUACAUUGGAUUUGCGCAACAACGACAUUGAUUUCAUACCGCCAAUUUUGGGUACACUGACCAACAUAACGCACUUGGAACUGGUGGGCAAUCCAUUUCGACAGCCACGUCACCAGAUCCUAAUGAAGGGCACCGAAUCCAUAAUGUCGUAUCUGCGGGAUCGCGUACCCAGAUAGAGCAGCAAAAUCGCAAUUUACACAAUUUUUUAUUUGAGACAAUUUGCACUUUUAAAAUGUUUUUGUUUUGGUAGCUACAAAGCUCAACCACGCCCACACACAUUCAGACUUUAGCUUUAGUCUGCCUGUGUGUGGACGUGGCGGAGAUCGCGCAUGGAAGGUACCUUAUAACAUAGAGAAUAUCCCCGCAUCUACCAUCUACCAACUGAACUAGUCAGCGUUUGGCAAUGCACGACGCACCACCCUGUUAAAUUCUGGUUGAAAAUAUUAAAUUAAAAAUACAAAUUCAAUU